AUGAUUGCCCCUGCGAUCCCGGAGAUCAUUGAGGAGCAGAACAUCUACGCAUCAAUCGAUGCUCGCACGGAGUCGUUGCAGAAUUUACGGGAAUUAGGGCCCGUAGAUCUGGUCCAUGUGGUCAAGCAAUCGAAGACCAGUACAGGUACCCAGACUGGCGUUUAUCACCAUGUCACAGGGAUAGAUGCCUCAUCGUCAGCCAGUUUGGCUGCUUACGUCAAUACCCUUACAUACUCUCCUGUCGACAAGAACCAUAAGGUGGUUUCAGGGAUAUACUGUUGCUACAACGCCUUCUCCCACGUUGACAUGCGAGUCGAGGUCAAGAUUCCAGGUAGCCUCGAGAGUUACUGUAUCGAUGAGCGCGGCGAUAAAAGGGUUGCGACAGACAUAUUAUGGCUCGAAACGUUCCUAUGUGGAGUUCUUAGGGCCUACGCUUAUGCAGAUAACGGCAACGGCGACAGCAUUAAAAGGAUUGUUGGCGUGAGAAGGUUCAACCCCGUCACAAACACAGAGAUGGAGCACAAAUUUCUCGAUGCUGCGGAGAAACUGUUUUUCAACGGGAGGCAGCUAAGCUCUGAUCCGGAAACGCAAGUUCCAAACACCGUUACCAACCACCUAACGUCCGGUAUCUUAAAAUACAUCCAUACGACUGGAAGAUAUGCUUCUGGCAUAAACCUUUUUGAAAAGCUACGCACACGAGAUGUUGAAGUAUCGUCGCUCCUCGCUCGUGUCCUUAUUUCUGCAGAUGAGGAGGUCCAGGCCGUACGAUUAUUACAUGAUGCUCUGCAGGAUUUACCAAUGGAUUAUUCGCUCUUAGAUUGCCAAGCUGAUUUCUGCCAAAGUAAAGGUGAAGGCGAAAUGGCACUCGAAUGUGCUAAACGUAGCGUAACGGCCGCACCCAGCGAAUUCAGUUCGUGGGCUCGAUUAGUGGAAGUCUACAUAAACUUGGAACAAUGGGAUUUGGCACUUCUGACACUGAACUCUUGUCCAAUGUUUACUUACCAAGAUAAGGACUCGCCAAGAAUGCCACAGCCCUCUCGAAUUAUUUUGCCAAUCCUUCCCGAAAGCAUGCUGGAUGAAAUCGAUGAGGGACAGCCGAAACAAGGGGAGCCUCACGACCAGGUGCAUCCUACACUCAGGAAACUCCUUGCUGCUGGGUACCAGGGCACUUUCUUGCGUGCUUACACUAUGCUCGCCAAAAUUGCGGCCUCGAUCGGUUGGGACCAGCUGCUGAAGAUCCGAAGCGAAGUUUUCGUCAUGGAAGAAGAAUAUAGAGCGGAACGCCAAGUCAGCGCCAGGCAAUCUUCUACAGCUGUUCAGAAUGCAAGCACAGUGGCUUUACAUGAAUCAUCAAGCGAGAGUGCUGAUGUGAACGGGAACGGAGUAGCUGACCAUGACUCUGAAAAGAUUGAUGAAAGCGAGGAAGAGACCGAAUCGGUGGAAAGUGAUAGAGCUAGGAAGAACAAGGAGAAGCCUGUGACAAUUGAGCGUCCAGAGCAAUCCGUUGCUUCGGAAGUUGUUAAAUCCGGCGGAGAAGAUCCCGAUGCUGCAUCACAUUCAUAUACACAGUUCAUGAACAAACGGCUAUGCGAACGCUGGCUCGACAAUCUAUUCAUGGUUCUCUACGAAGAUUUACGCGUAUAUACAAUAUGGCGGACGGAAAUGGAGCAAUCCCGCCGACAAGCUGUAGAGUAUCAGAAAUCAGCAACGGAAUGGGAGAUCCUGGGUGAACUCGCAGAUCGCCUCCAGCAUUUCAACGAAGCGAUCGAAGCCUACCAACACUGCCUAUCCAUCAGGUUCUCCCCCAAGGCGAUGAAGGGAAUCUUGAAGAUGUAUGAGCGCCAGGGCGACACGAGGGGAAUGAUUGGAGCCUUGAUCAGACUUAUCGCAUGGCAAUAUCGGUGGUACUCAGAGUUUUCCCCGGACCUUCUCUACACAAUUCGCAAACUAAUCGAAGAAGAAGGCGCCGUUAAAGUGCGCAGCAUCGUUCAAGCCACGAACCUUCCACAGCCUGUGCUGGAUUUAACACAUCAUUACUGCCAGCUGUGUGCUACCUUCAGAAGCAGCGGUAGUGACGGCUAG